UUGAGACCUUCUUGAAUGUGAUUGUUGGACCAAUUCAAGGGAGUUUUAUUCCUGACAGGGUUACUACUACACACAACAUCAUAAUAGUUCAAGACAAUACUAGUACUUUUUAUGUUUUUCAUAAAAAUUAAAGCGGAUCAAAGUUUUGGCCCCCGCCGUCUCCGAUUCGGUGGCGCCCAUUGUUUUCCACGCAGCGGAGCCACUCCAUUCAGUUCAUAAAUGGCAGAGUUCUCUUCCGCAUCAACUCUUCCAACUCCACCUGAAUCUCAAACUAGACUACACUUUGGGAAAUUGCAGCACGGGUGCGAACACUACAAGAGACGUUGCAAAAUUCGAGCUCCAUGCUGCAACCAGAUCUUCUCUUGCCGUCACUGCCACAACGACGCCAUGGGUUCACUUAGCGAUCCCAAGGAGCGCCAUGAACUUGUCAGGCGCGAUGUUAAGCAAGUUAUAUGUUCUAUCUGUGAUACUGAGCAAGAGGCUGCCAAGGUCUGUGCUAACUGUGGCGUCAACAUGGGAGAAUAUUAUUGUGAAAUUUGCAAAUUUUAUGAUGAUAAUACAGAGAAAGGACAGUUCCAUUGCGACGAAUGCGGGAUUUGUAGGGUUGGUGGUCGUGAUAAUUUCUUCCACUGUCCGACAUGUGGCUCUUGCUAUUCAGUGAACUUGCAAGGCAACCACCCGUGUGUGGAGAACUCAAUGAAGAGUUUCUGUCCUGUCUGUUAUGAGUAUCUGUUUGAUUCAAUAAAAGGUACCACAAUUAUGACUUGUGGACACACAAUGCAUAUGGAUUGCUUUUAUGAAAUGGCAGAGCAAAAUCAGUAUCGCUGUCCUAUAUGCUCAAAGACAGUUUUUGAUAUGUCUCGGAGCUGGGAACAUUUAGAUCAGGAGAUAAUUGAUGAUCAAAUUCUGGGUUUCUUUGCCAAUUUCCUUGGCAUCUUCAUCUUUGUACUGGUGAUAGCUUAUCUUUUUGUUAUGGCUGAUCCAAUGUAUGAAGGGAAUUAGGGUACUGUGUGGUUGUGAUUUUCAUGUUGUAGACUUGGCUAUUUUUCUAAUGGAAGUUAAGUUGAUAUAGAAAGGAACUCCAUUUUGAGCAUGUGAUACUCCCAAAAUCUAAUAUAAGCUAUUUUUCAUGUUGUAGACUUAGCUAUUACUGCUACUUUUCACUGCUAGUACUCUGAAUUUCACUACAUUGUUGUACUUUUUGUGCUCAUUGUUUUUAAUUCAAUGAAGAAAUAGAUGAAUUGAAUUAAUUCAAUUAAUUACUGCUAGUACUCUGAAUUGUUGUACUUUUUAUGCUCAUUGUUUUUAAUUCAAUUGAAUAUUUCUUAUUGGUUUAGUUAAUUCAAUGAUUUUUUUUUUUUUUUUUGUGACUAUCUUAAUGAGUUCAAUAGUGAUAUCAUGACUAUUGAAUGAUAAAUUGUUAAUAAUUGAUGAAAUUAAAGUUUUUGUUACAUUUUGGUUGAUGUAGUUCUUUAGAUUUGGAGGACAUUUUAAAUUCAAUAUAUGAUGUUUUUACAUACAUGUCUUUCUUUAACAUUGUUAUAUUUGCAU